CUGUCAGACGCGUUAUUCGGAGAGGGACUGAGCUAUGGACAGAUUCGCCUCUCACACUGGAGCAGUCUUCUCCAAAACAUUUAUCUACUUUUGUCACUAGCUUAAAAUAAAGUCUACCUAAAAAUGAGACGCAUAGACAACAAUCUGUGAUUUCUGAUUCCCUUUUUUCUGCAAAAGAAGGCUUAGUUAUUUUUAAUUUUUUAUCUCAUUUGGAUAUGGCACAAAUGUGGAUCCAGUAAGAGAAUUUCACAGCGUCAGACGCGUCUGCUGCGGGGGAAACCAGCCGGAGGGACUCGGAACUUUGCGUGGCACAUGAGACGCUCUCUCUUUUCGGAAUCAGGCGCAGAGGGAGCCAUGGUGAACUAUUUCAUACUGGUGCUCAGCUGGACUGUGCUCUCUGAGGGGGCCAUAGCUCAGAAUGACACGGAGCCUAUUGUCCUGGAGGGGAAAUGUCUGGUGGUGUGCGACUCUAACCCCACCGCGGACUGGAAGGCUUCGUCCUCUCCGCUCGGCAUCUCUGUGCGCGCGGCCAACUCCAAGGUGGCUUUCUCUGCAGUCCGGAGCAACAACCACGAGCCGUCGGAGAUGAGCAACAAAACGAGAAUAAUCUACUUCGACCAGGUUCUGGUGAAUAUAGGAAACUACUUCACAUUUGAGUCAGUAUUUUUGUCCCCUAGAACAGGAAUCUACAGUUUUAACUUCCAUGUUAUUAAAGUGUACCAGAGCCAAACUAUACAGGUGAACUUGAUGUUGAAUGGGAAACCAGUCAUCUCUGCCUUUGCGGGUGACAAAGACGUAACUCGUGAAGCGGCCACCAAUGGAGUUCUGCUUUAUCUAGAAAAGGAAGACAAAGUCUACUUAAAGCUGGAGAAGGGAAACCUAGUUGGCGGAUGGCAGUACUCAACAUUUUCUGGCUUUCUUGUGUUUCCGCUGUGAGAAAAAAUGAAAGGAAAGAAGAUUGUAAGCAUCCUGACUUCUUCAUAAAGUGUUGUCACUGUAUAAUCAAAACAUUGCUGCUCCAUCUUGCCAAAAUGUUGAAAGGAGAUAGAUGGGAAAGGAUCCAAACAGAGAGAGGACAUAAGACUUUGGAAAUCAUUCACGUUCUCUGGAUGUGAGUUCACGUCCAAAUGAAAGAGACUCGAUGAGCUAUUAGAUGUUUCUGCCAAUCAAGCAACCUCAGAGAGGAAGACUCAAAAUCAAAAAAAUACUUUUCCCAGUUCAACAUGGCAACUGUUGCAUUCAAGUACAUCUGCCUUUUGGGUGUAAACUGUAUACUUGUGUUACUUGUGUAACGAAUCAUCAAAGUAAUCAAAUUGUAAGUAUUUUUGGGGGGUAUCUACUCUGGUCAAGAGAUGAUGGUGCUGCCACUUUAAAAAAAGAGAUCAAUGCUUAUUGCAAUGCGCGUUUAGUGAUCAGAGGAAUUCAUUGAUUACUUAAAAGGCCUACUGGGUCAAAAGCACAACUCCAGACUACAAAACCACGAGGCGCCACAAAAAAGGCUUCAAAGACACUCAAAGAGACAUAAAACAACCUUAAAAUCACACAAACACAAGACAAAAUUACACAUAGACGCUCAAAACCACCACAAUUUGAGGCAAAACGACUAAUGACUCUUUAAUUCCUCUGGUCUGCUAUUUCAGUAUGGUUGUCGCUCAUUCAAAAGUCUGUGCACAGGAACCCAUAAUGUGCAUCCAUUAUCAGAGUCCACAUUUCAUAUUUUUCUGAUUAUUAAGAAUCACUGCUGAUACUGAUAUUUUGCUUUUGGUGAAUAAUGAAUGAAGGUUGUUUGUUUAUUUCAGUUUGCUGAUCAACCCAGUCGCCCAGAAAUCACGUUUAUAUUUCAUCAAUUUGAUUUUGCAAAGAUGCUUUGGAGGGAUUAUUAUCAGUGGCAAUGUUUUCUUCAAUUGGUGUUUUUGUAAUGGAUUGUAAAUCUGGAGAUUUGAGUUAGCAUCCUGAUCCCACGUAUACAGUGGCGGCGCCAGGGUAUGGCUGGGGUUAGCUUCAGCCAUACCAAGAAAUGGCUUAGCCCCACCUUAGCCCCACCAUGAAAAAUGAUGUUAAAGUAAGCCAAUUAAAUUAAAUAAUAAGCAAAAUGCUAAAUGUUGAGAACACGGCUUGCGAAAAUAUACGGGUCGUGUCCACAACACACAAACUGAUCCUGCUGUUACAACAAGUGCACGUUACUGAUGCAAUUAGAGAUGGGCGAGUCAUGAUUCAUCCGGAUCAUUA